CGCUCUACAGGGAACCAAUAGCCAUGCACCUACCGUACGCGCGUCGUGACGCCAUCACGCAGACGUCUCCAACUGAAGGGGAUCGUAAUCGCCCGCAGUGCCCAAGAUGGCGGCGCGUUGCCUAGCGGCGGCCGGAUCUAUAAUCCCCGGCGUGAGUCGAACGGCAGCUCGUAGGUUCCACUUUGCUAUCUAUGGCAAUCAUAAUAAAAAUGUAGCAAAAGUGUCAAAUUCAAUCUCCACGCAGUAUCCAGUGGUUGAUCAUGAGUUUGAUGCAGUGGUUGUCGGAGCAGGGGGAGCUGGCUUACGAGCAGCCUUUGGUUUAUCUGAAGCUGGCUUCAACACUGCCUGCGUUACAAAACUGUUUCCUACCAGAUCGCACACAGUUGCCGCACAGGGUGGAAUAAAUGCAGCUCUGGGUAACAUGGAGGCUGAUGACUGGAGGUGGCACUUUUAUGACACAGUGAAAGGAUCUGAUUGGUUAGGAGACCAGGAUGCAAUCCACUACAUGACGGAGCAGGCACCCGCUGCUGUCAUUGAGCUUGAGAACUAUGGGAUGCCUUUUAGUAGAACAGAGGCAGGCAAGAUUUACCAGCGUGCAUUUGGCGGACAGAGCCUGCAGUUUGGAAAAGGGGGACAGGCGCAUCGCUGCUGUUGUGUUGCAGACCGGACGGGCCACUCUUUGCUUCACACGUUAUAUGGCAGGUCAUUACGCUAUGACACCAGUUACUUUGUUGAAUACUUUGCCUUGGAUCUUCUGAUGGAGAAUGGAGAGUGUCGAGGAGUUAUUGCACUGUGUAUGGAAGAUGGAUCUAUUCACCGAUUUAGAGCCAAUAAUACUGUGCUUGCUACUGGUGGGUAUGGAAGGACUUACUUCAGCUGCACUUCAGCACAUACAAGCACUGGUGAUGGAUGUGCCAUGGUCACACGGGCUGGAUUAUCAAACCAGGACUUAGAGUUUGUCCAGUUUCAUCCCACAGGAAUCUAUGGUGCUGGCUGUCUGAUUACUGAAGGAUGUCGUGGCGAAGGUGGAAUUCUCAUUAAUGGUGAGGGGGAGAGAUUUAUGGAACGUUAUGCUCCCGUUGCAAAGGAUCUGGCUUCAAGGGAUGUUGUUUCACGAUCCAUGACAAUUGAAAUUCGUGAAGGACGAGGAUGUGGCCCUGAAAAAGACCAUGUUUAUCUACAGCUGCACCAUCUGCCCCCAGAGCAGCUGGCAAUGCGACUGCCUGGCAUUUCAGAAACUGCCAUGAUUUUUGCUGGUGUGGAUGUAACCAAAGAGCCAAUUCCAGUUUUGCCUACAGUGCAUUACAAUAUGGGGGGUGUCCCCACCAACUACAGAGGACAGGUGAUUAAGCAUGUAAAUGGUAAAGAUGUUGUCGUCCCUGGUCUCUACGCUUGUGGUGAAGCUGCUAGUGCUUCUGUACACGGAGCUAAUCGGCUUGGAGCAAACUCCUUACUCGACUUGGUGGUGUUUGGUCGUGCCUGUGCCCUCACCAUUGCAGAAACGUCCAAGCCUGGAGAAGCUCUUGCACCAAUUGAUCCAAAUGCCGGGGAGGAGUCAGUGGCGAACCUGGACAGAAUGCGGUUUGCUGACGGAAGCACUCGCACAUCUGAGCUCCGUCUGAACAUGCAGAAGUGCAUGCAAAGUCACGCAGCAGUGUUCCGCACAGGGUCAGUGCUUAAGGAAGGCUGUGACAAGCUGAGUGAUCUAUACAAUUGCUUGAGUGACAUCAAGACAUUUGACAGAGGUAUCGUUUGGAAUUCUGACCUGAUUGAGACCUUGGAGCUGCAAAACUUGAUGCUGUGUGCCUUGCAGACGAUCUACGGUGCAGAGGCUCGCAAGGAAAGCAGAGGAGCACAUGCUCGGGAGGACUUCAAGCUGAGAAUUGAUGAAUAUGACUUUUCAAAACCAUUGCAAGGUCAAGAAAAGAAACCAUUCAGCGAACAUUGGCGGAAACACACUCUCUCCUCUAUGGAUCCAAAGACUGGGAAGGUAACUCUGGACUACAGAGCUGUAAUCGAUACGACAUUGGAUGCAGAAGAAUGUGCCUCAGUUCCACCAGCAAUACGUUCUUAUUAGUGCAACUCCAUUAGCGUAAUAAAAUGGCCUACCUUGUUUAUGUAUUUAAUGAAUUUGUAUGUAAAUUGUUUUAGCAAAAUAUGUUCACUUCUGCACUAUUCUGAUUUUCUAAUUAUAUCUUGGUGGAGGCUUCAUUGUGUGCUCAAUUAAAAGCAAUGAUCUAUGUUGUGACAUAAUGGACCUGUGUUCUGGAAAUUGUAAAAUUUUAUCUCUGAAUAAUUUUUCUAUUGAUGAAGUUUCAUAAUGAAUCCAGUUAUGUGGGCCACCUUGCUCCAUAUGCAAGUACAGAUGAACCAUAUCUGUGUAGCAGCCUUUUGAGAGAACAGUGGAGCAAUGUUUUAUCAAUGGCUUGGUUGCUUUAUCAUUGUAAAAACUAGAACGUCCAAAUAAAUGUACCGACAUCUACAUUCUGAAUGAAGUAAGGCAUUCUGCAUUCUGAAUAAAGCAAAUGAAGUAUUUGUAUUGUU